ACAUAGAGGGAGAGAGAGAGAGGGAGAGAGGGCUGCAUCGAAAUUCCUAGUGAGAGAAAAAAAAAAAAAAAAUCAACCACCCCUUUUCUGCAUAUUGGAAUCUCAGUCAAAUCAUCAAUCCCAAUCUCCACCCAUUUCUCUUCUUCUUCUUCUUCUUCUCCUUCGUAUCACGCGUGAUUCGGUAUAAAACUUUUCUCCAUAAUAGAAAUCCCCAUUUCAGGCUCAGCAUAUCAAUCUCAACUUGUUGCAGAGCUAUUUAUGGAGAUAGAAAUUUCAAGAGAUCCAGUGUUUCAAGCUGCGAUAUAGAGAGAGAGAGAGAGACAUCCAUAUAUAUAUAUAUAUACGUAUACAUAUAGAGAGAGAGAGGGAGAUUUGGUUAUGGCGUCGGCGGCAAUAGUUUCGUCGCUGAGGAGGAGGAGGUCGCCGUCGGUGGAGGCGUUCUUGGCGCCGGUGGAUCUGACGGAGGUGGCUUUGGUGGAAACCCUAGCUUUGGUUUCAGCGGAGCUCGUCGCGUCGUUCUCGGGGAGGGCUUUACCGUUUCAGCGAAAGAAUUCUCGGUCGUUGAUUCGGAAGUUGGAGAUCUUCGUUGUUCUGUUGGAGUAUCUUCGCGAUUCGAGUUCGAGGAGUUCGAGGUUGUCUUUGACGGCGAUUGUCUGCUUCAAGGAAUCGUACCUCUUGUUGUAUCGAUCCAAGAUACUUCUCGAUCACUGCUUUCACUCGAGUAAGUUGUGGCUUUUGCUUCAGAACCAUUCGAUUUCAGGACAUUUUCAUGAUCUCAAUCAAGAAAUUUCAACUCUUUUGGAUGUUUUCCCUUUGAUUGAGUUGAAUUUGAGUGAUGAUAUUAGAGAACAAAUUGAAUUGUUGCAAAAACACUCCAGAAAGUCAAAAUUGUUGAUUGAUAAACAUGAUGAAACAUCGAGACUCAAAUUGUUUUCGUUUCUUGAUGAAUUUGACAACGGUAGAAUUCCUGAUCCGGUUGAAUUGUAUUCCUUUUUUGUGGAAAAAUUGGGAAUUCGAGGCUCAAAAAGUUUUAGGGUUGAAAUUGAGUUUUUGGAAGAACAGAUUAUUAAUCAUGAAGGAGAUAUUGAACCUACUGUGUCUCUGCUUAAUGGGUUUGUGGCGUUGACUCGGUAUUGUAUGUUCUUGUUAUUUGGGUUUGAGGAGGAUGAAGUGGAACUGAGAAGUGGAAAACAGAAGAAACCGAAGAGAGGGUUGAUUACUCAGGAAAUUGCAGACACAUUUCUCACAAUUCCAAAGGACUUUUGUUGCCCGAUAUCAUUGGAUUUGAUGACAGAUCCGGUAAUAAUUUCUACAGGGCAGACUUAUGAUCGAGCUUCGAUAACAAGGUGGGUGGACGAAGGGCAUUGUACUUGUCCGAAAACAGGGCAGAUGCUUAUUCACAACCGGCUUGUGCCUAAUCGGGCUCUUAGAAGCUUGAUUGUGCAGUGGUGCACUGCUCAUGGAAUACCUUAUGACCCUCCGGAGAGUGCCGAUUCCACUGCUGAAACUUUUGCUGCAGCUUCAGCAAGCAAGGCUGCAAUUGAAGCCAAUAAGGCCACGGCUGCUCUUCUCAUUCAACAAUUAGCAAGUGGGUCGCAGGGAGCAAAAACUGUUGCUGCUCGCGAGAUACGUUUGUUAGCAAAAACUGGAAGAGAAAACCGGGCUUAUAUUGCUGAAGCUGGGGCAAUCCCCCAUCUGAAAGGGUUGCUUUUGUCUUCAAAUGCAGUUGCACAAGAGAACUCUGUAACCGCAAUGCUCAACUUAUCAAUAUACGAUAAGAACAAGAGCCGAAUAAUGGAUGAAGAAGGAUGUUUAGGCUGUAUCGUUCAAGUUUUGAGAUUUGGGCACACAACCGAGGCAAGGGAAAAUGCUGCGGCAACAUUGUUUAGCCUCUCUGCGGUUCACGAAUAUAAAAAGCGAAUAGCGGAUGAGUAUGGAGCGGUUGAAGCUUUAGCGGGGCUGUUGAAAGAAGGGACAGCAAGAGGAAAGAAAGAUGCAGUCACAGCUUUGUUUAAUCUAUCCACCCACACUGAUAAUUGUGUGAGGAUGAUAAAGUCAGGAGCUGUAACUGCACUGGUGGCAGCUUUGGGGGUUGAAGGAGUUGCAGAGGAAUCAGCAGGUGCAUUGGCCUUGAUUGUUAGGCAGCCAAUUGGGGCCGGAGCAGUUGGGAAUGAGGAAAUGGCAGUGUCAGGAUUAAUAGGAAUGAUGCGGUGUGGGACAGCGAGAGGGAAAGAAAAUGUAGCAGCAUUGCUUGAGUUGUGUCGGAGUGGUGGGACAGCUGCAACUGAGAGGGUGUUGAAGGCACCAGCAUUGGCUGGUUUGCUCCAGACUUUGCUCUUCACAGGAACAAAGAGGGCAAGGAGAAAAGCAGCAUCACUUGCCAGAGUUUUCCAUAGGUGUGACAAUGCAUCUUUGCAUUUUGGUGGAUUGGGUUUUGGGUAUGCCUUCGCUGGGAACUCAGCUGCAAAUAGAGAUACAAGUUUUGGUGGUGAUGUACCAGUGCAGAUGUCAAUUUCAGUUCCAGUUUUAUAGGGGUAAUAAUACCCACUCUUGCGUUGUUGCUCUCUACCAAUUCCUUAUGUUCCCAUUUUUGUUGUAUCAUCCUCAUAUUCAUUCAUUGAUACAUAAAACAUGGAAAAGAAAAUUAUACAAAUACCAUAAUGUGCAUGGAAAGAAUGUUGAGUGUUUUUUGCUGUUAAUUUAACAUAUGUAUGUCUGAUAUAUUUUGGAGAAUAGGAUACAAUAUAUUCACCAACUGAUGUAGGGAUGUUAUAUACAGUGAUGUGCGAAAACUGAUUUUAAUUUGGUGGAUAAUAUGUUUUGAUCCCUUUAAUAUGACAAAUUUGAAUGUAAUUGAGGGUUUUCAGUUUCGGAUUA